ACUCUAUAUAACUAUUUCAAAAGUCAAAAGCCCAACGGAUUGGAAUUGGGCCAUAAAGGAAAACCCUAACUGACCCACUCCAUUUGGUUACGUCUAUAAGAACCCUGCCACCGAAAUUACAUCACACUGCUUCCGCUUAGCCGAGCGUAGUUGAACGGAACAGAGCAGCAGCUUCGGCAUCGUCCGCCAUAUCAAAAUGGUCAAGGGAAGACAGGGAGAACGCAUUAGGCUUUAUGUCAGGGGUACAGUUCUUGGAUACAAAAGGUCUAAGUCAAAUCAGUACCCAAAUACCUCUCUUGUUCAGAUUGAGGGUGUAAAUACCAAGGAAGAAGUUGCAUGGUAUGCUGGGAAACGGUUGGCAUACAUUUACAAGGCUAAGGUUAAGAGGGAUGGGAGCCACUAUAGAUGCAUCUGGGGAAAGGUUACUAGACCUCAUGGUAACAGUGGUGUAGUCCGUGCAAAGUUCAAGUCAAAUUUGCCACCAAGAUCGAUGGGAGCUAGGGUUAGAGUGUUUAUGUAUCCAAGCAAUAUAUAAGAUCUUCUUGGCUACCGAAUUUACAAAAAUGGUUUCCAAGAUUUUAGUUGUGCAGAUAGCAAGUGAAAACCUGUCUGCUUGAGGCUUCUCUUUUAUUCAUGGAGAUGUUCUCCAAUGUAUUCGGCUCACAUUUUCAUCCCUCUUUCCUAAAUAUUUAUUUUAUAUGGAUGUAAUUUUGUUUCUUUUGCACAUAAUAGGAUAUAGGUGACAUGUUUUGUUUCUGCCUUUCACAAACCUUCCAUUUUUGGUUUGUAUUGAAGUCUCUGUUUUACAUAUUUUAGGUUCUCUACAUUUAGAUUGUUGACAUAUUUUUGUAACAAUAUUUUGUUUGGUGGUUCAUCUUUAUACUUUCA